AUGUGGCCCUCCGCCGCCUCCCUACCAAACGUCCAAGACUUCAAAGCCACGUCCUUGGAAUACUACGCCCGCGUCGUCGCCCUCGCAAAAGACAUCUUGAAAGUCCUCGCCUUGACACUGGAUCUAGAAGAAGCCUACUUCGACGCCUUCGCCACCGGCGCAGUAGCAACAAUGCGCCUCCUCCACUACCCGCCCCAACCCCCCUCCAGCCCCACGCACCUCACCCGCGGCAUAGGCGCACACACAGAUUUCGGCUGCAUAACCAUCCUCCUCCAAGACACCGUCUCCGGGCUGCAAGUCUACGACCACUCUACACGCGAAUGGCUCGAUGUAACCCCCACACCCGGUGCCUUCGUCAUCAACCUAGGUAAUCUGAUGAUGCGGUGGAGUAACGACCG